AUGGAUGUCAUCCUGCCGACCUCAGAGGAAACAGAAGACUUUCCCUUUAACUCACCUGACGUGACCACACCUGAGCUGAACUUCCGGAGUGUUUCACAACAACAACAACAACAACAGAAAAAGAAGAAGAAAAAGAAGACGAGGAAGAGGAAGAGGAAGAGGGAACGGGAGGUGACAGACAGACAGGUCAGCCUGAGGACAGCCAGCACCGGGAUGGAGGACGGUGGAGUGACGAUGACGAGACAGACUGAGGGAGAGGAGGAGGAGGUGGUGAGGUCUUAUGAGAUGGAGCCCAGCACCCUGCCGUGGCCUGGAGACAGACAGACAGGUGGACAGACAGGUGGACAGACAGGUAAAGGUGACAGGAUGAGUGUCAGGUCAAGUGAGGCAGCCAGUUGCACAGAAAGUGAGAGAGAGCUGUUGGUGGAAGGAGAGAGGAAGGGGGGGACGAAGGGAGGGGCAGGUGAAGACAAGGGGGUGGGGUUAAUAGAAGAGUGGGCGGGGUUGAGGACACACCUGGAAGAGGAGUCAGAGGAGCCUUUAGAGAACCACCUGCCGGAGAAAGCAGCCCAGGUGUUCAGCCCUGCAGUGACUGUUCUCCCCUCCCCCUCCUCGCCCAGAAAGAGUGAGGCAUUCUGGGAAAUGGAGUCAGAGAAGAGUCCCUUCCUGGGUCCUCGAGGACUCCCCGAGGACUACAACCAACAUGGCUACCAGUAUGAGUGGACCGAGAACACGACCCCUGCUACAUGUGGGCGGGGCUGUCCCGGUAGGGACAUCCUGAAAGUGGGUGUGUCCCUGGUGACAUCAGCACUCUUCUUCCCCUUCCUGGUGUGGGGGGGAUUUGUGUUCCUGCCCUUUGACGCUCCACUGUUGGACGGCGCCCCCCUCAGGCUCGUCUACACUCUGCGCUGUUCCGUGUUUUCCGCCGCCCCCAUCAUCCUCGGUUGGCUCGUCCUGGGCAUCACUCGACUCCGGUCAGGUGUGUCUCGGCCUCUGUUUGAUGAGGAGGUGAAGGAAGCAAAGGUUCACGAGGUCACUGUUCACCACCGCUUUGUCUCUGACUCCACCUCCCUGUUCCUGAUGUACUUCCUGCAGCUGGGCGUCAUGGCAAUGUACCUGAGCCAGGAGCACCUGAAGCUCGUCCCACUGCUGACUGUCAUCUUCGCCUUCGGACGGUUGAUUUACUGGGUGGCCGCAGCCUUCGGCAGCAGCAUACGUGGUUUCGGUUUCGGCCUCUCCUUCCUGCCGAGUCUCGUGAUGAUGGUCGCUAACAUCUACUUCAUCUUCACAGUGGAGGCGGCGGGGUCCAUCUUCAGCCUCUCGCCUCCUUCUGCAGAGGCACUGACUCCACCCGCCGGUAGCGGGAUAAUGGGGGAGGAGGCGGUCGCCAUGGAGACCAGCGAGUCCAGUGAGGAUGAACUGGGACGACUGGACAUCGAUCUGGAUAGGAAGUCCAAACAGCACAACCUGACGACCAGCAACGUGCGCACCAUCCUGCACGAGGUGAUUACCCAUGAGCGUGUGGUGGCCAUGAUGAAAGCUGCCAUCAGAGACACUCAGGACCUUCCCAUGUUUGAGCCUAAGAUGACUCGGUCCAGACUGAAACAGGCUGUCCAGCAGGGACAGCCACUGAACUGGAGUCUGUCAGCAGUGAACACAGUCAAGCCUCCUCAGUUUGUGGACAUUGAUCUCGAGGAUGAUGAGGACUCGUCAGAUGAAGAGUAUUGUCCUGAUGAUGAAGAGGAGGAGGAGGAAGACACAGCUGAGGAGCCCUUCCUCAGUGAUGCAGACAGCUUGGCUUCACCUCUGAGGACACAUCAUGGCUCUCAGCCCAGACUACCAGCAGACCAGAGGACUGAAGGACCCCAGAGACCUCAGGUGAUGACCUCCACCGGUGCUCCUCAGCACUUCCUCGCUGCUCCUGCUGAGUCGUCCUUUCUGGAGAGACUGAAUGCUGUGGAGGAGGAGCUUGACUGUAGCCCUGCCUACACCUUUGACCAGUCUCUGGACAGGAAAGCUGCUGAUGAUAAUGAUGGUGAUGACGAAGGAUGUUUGGCGUUCCGCACACGCUCCAAACUUCGUCUGGUUAACGUUCCUCUGGGGCAGCUGGAGGCGGAGCUUCUGGCCCCUGACAUCACCGCUGACAUGUACGACCUGACUGCCACCCAGCGGGAGGAGGACCGUCAUUGGACGAAGUGGCUGCAGGGUCUCAUGGCCCCCGACAACGAAGAGGAAGCCGAUGACGAUGACGACCCUGAAUACAACUUCCUGGACGACAUGGAUGAACCUGACCUAGAGGACUACAGGACGGACCGUGCGGUCCAGAUCACCAAGAGGGAAGUGAACGAGCUGCUGGAGGAGCUCUUUGAUACGCUCCUGGAGGAGGAGGUGGCAGCUGAGGAGCAGGAGCGGGGGGAGGAACGGGAGGAAGAGGAGGAGCAGGAGGAAGAGGAGGCCCCAUCACAGACUGGACCUAAAUUCAAUGUCCCCCAGGCUUUACGCUGGGACAGAUCAGUGUAUUUUACUUACAUUUAUUUACACCUCAUAGGCCACACCUCUCAAGGAGGCGGACCCCGUGUCACUGUUUUCCAACACAGGAGGGGAGAGAACUCAGUAGAACGUCAUCAUGGACGUCUUCAAUGUGUUUUCAGUUUGUUUUUUGCUGUCUGUAGUUUUGAGGCUCCGUUAGCCAGCAUGCUAACGGAGCGACGGCGGACAGUCAGAAAACAGUACGAGGCUCUGCAGCAGAGGAGGGCCCUGCAGGACGCAACCAAUCAUCACCGUGACUACAUCAACCUGAAAGACACACCCGGCCCCCAACCCAACACCGCCACACCUGUGUUAGUGCUGCCAAGCCGGGUGUGCUCCACUCUCCACCUGGACUUCACCCAGAAACUGCAGCUGCAGCAGCAGAUACAGCAGCAUGUGCAGCUGCUGACUCAGGUUCAUCUGCUGAGUCGCCGUGUCGACGCCCUGAACCAUGAAGCCUGCAUCACUAAACAUUACCUGGAGGAGUUGCACCAGUUUGCCAGCCGUCAGGAGGAGAUGUUUCUCCCCAGCAGCUUCAGUGUGUGUAACCUCCAGGGGGCCCUGGAUCUCCUGCAGGAGGUGGAGCAGAGAGAGGAGCCUCCUCCUGCUCCUGCUGCUCCUGCUGUCUCCAGACGCUGGCUCCCAAGGAUGACUCCCGCCACCAACAGCCACGCCUUCCCUCUGCUGUCCGCCAACACCGCCUGGCUCUUCGCCACCCGGCCCGUCUUCCUCUACCCAGAACUACUUCCUGUCUGCAGCCUGGACCCCGCCCUCCACAGCCAGAACCACAGGAGUGUUUACACCGCAGGAGAAGAUGGGCUGAUCAUUCUGGGUCUGAAGCACUUUGAGGGGGCGGUCCAGUCGGAUCAGCUGAUCAGCUCCUACCUGCUGUGCAAGAAUCGAUGGAACUUCAGGAAACAUGUCAGAGAGAUGAGCAGCCCGAGAGCGCUACCAAACAACGUCAUCAAGAUGUUCCUGACGGAGCAAGUCGUCCCCCCCCUGCCGCUCGCCUGCAGCAGAGUUCAGCCAGGAGACCAGCGCCCCCCAGUGGACAGGAACGUCUCCAAUAUGCCAAACUGGCUUAAGAACAGUCAACAGAUCAUCCACAGGACCCGACUGGACUCCACCUGUUACCCCCCCUCCCUUCCCCCAGGCUGCACCCUCAGGCUCCACCCCUAUUGGCUCAAGAAGACGGCCUGCCCACCUCCCCCUCGCCACAGACGCCUCUUCACCCUGGCCCACAAUGCAUCUCUGCUGCCCCUCGCCAAAGCCCCAGCAUACAGACAGGUGGACAGACCAGCAGAUCGACAGGCAGACAGACAGGUAGACCUGCAGCCAAUCAGCUACCUGUCUCUGUCCCCUCCCAGUGUCACCUUACUCUCUGACUGCCCCACCGCUUCAGGAGCCCAUCCAUUGACUCCGCCUCCCGUCUGUGGAGCUGUCCCAUUGGCUGCGGUUCACCCAGUCCCUGCCCAGUCUGUGUGUACUGACAUCAUCCAGUCCUGCCUUCCUAUUGGCCAGAGCACGCAGCAGAGUGUUUCUAGGCAACAAAACACCACCAACCCCGAUAUUACAAAACCCAUCAUGCCUUGUUCAGCUGCCGCCAUGAAGCCGAGCUGCUUCCUCCUCCAGAUAAUGUUGACGCCUCCCACUCUGCCCGCUGCCACCUCCCAGCAUGCUCUGAGGCAGCAGCUCCGUGCUCCAAUCAGAGAGGUAAAAGAGGAGGCGGAGCAGACCCCCAUAAUGCCCCGCCCUUUGGUGGAGGAGGAAAGUUCAGCUUCAACAUCAACACUGAGCCCACCGUCCGAGGAGGAGGAGAGGAGCAGUGUAGAGACUGAGGGUGAGGAGGAGGCGGGGCAGGAGGAGGUGGAGCGGGAGGACUGGACUAUUGUGGGUGUGGUCAGUUUGAAUGGAGGAGGGGAGGAGGAUGGAGAGAAGGAUAAGGAUGAAGAUCAGGACCGACAGGGCGAGGAGGAGGAGGAGGAGGAUUUCGAUGACCUCACACAGGAUGAAGAUGAGGAGGAAGUGAUGUCAUCAGCGUCGGAGGAGUCGGUGCUGUCUGUUCCGGAGUUACAGGAGACCAUGAAGCAGCUGACCUGGCUGGCAGCUGAGAGGCGUCUCUGUGCAGAUGGAGACUCGGAGGAGGAUCACUCCCCAACCUCCCCGGGCUCUCAGGAGGAGGAGGAGGAGGAGGAAGAGGAGGGGCCUAAAGGGGAGGAGUCAGGAGAGGGGAGGAACAGUAAGGCGGGAGGAGACGAGGAGACGCCGUCAGGAGAGGGGACGCCCAGAGGAGGAGGAGGGAGGUGUCCUGGACGAGGACGAGGUCGAAGCCGACCUCUUCGCGGCCUCAGGAGGAGUCGUCAGGAGCGUCGCAGCAAAGACGCCACGAAACUGCUGCUGCUGUUCGACGAAAACAUCCUGGACAACGACCCGCACCGAGAGAGCAAGGAUGUGGCGUUUGCCCAGAGCUACCUGAGCCGGGUGCGUGAGGCGCUGCAGGACGUACCUGGGCAGGUGGAAGAGUUUGUGUCUCUGCUCAAUGAGUUCGAGCAGGUGGGAGAAGGGCGGGAAGUGGUGUUGCUGUUCAGAAAGCUGCGAUGCAUCCUGGGUGAUCGGACAGACCUCCUCCGAGACUUUGCCGCAUUCCUGCAUCCUGAACAGGCGCUGCAGUGUGGACUGUUGGAGGAGCAGCAGGCGUUUGAACGCAGCCGCCGUUUCCUGCGACAGUUGGAGAUCAGUUUUGGAGAUAAUCCGUCACAUUAUCAGAAGAUCAUCAAAGCUCUUCAGACUGGUCCGGACCUGAGUCCAACCAGCAUCCAUGAGCUGAAAGCUCAGAUGGCCACGCUGCUAAAAGGCCACACCCAUCUACAAGCUGAAUUCUGGGUAUUUUUUGAUGAGCUCCGCCCCCCUCCGGCCCGUCCCAGACAGUUUGAAGAAGCUCAUUGGCCAGAGGAGGGAGGGGGCGGGUCAGAUUGCGGAGAUGGUGUCGGCCAGGUGUCAGGAGGCGGAGUCACUGGUGGCUUUGAGGAAGUGACGCUCCCAGAGCUUGAAGAGGAAGAGGAAGGUCAUAAAAUCCAACCAAUGACAAGCCGGCGCCAGAGGAGGAAGAUGAACGCCCACAGAAACUACAAGGACUGUGAUUGGUCGGACAAAGAGUGGCCCUGUCCGUGUCGUGAUGCAAAGAUCAGCAGACACAGGAGGAAAGGAUGCUCUCGCUGCCACGGCAACAAGACCUCAGGGGGCGUGUCCAGAGCAAUGAAGAGCCUGGACCCUCUGUACUCUCAGAUAAGCUCCGCCCCCGGAGAAGCAGGUGACCUGGACCUGAAGGGGGACGAUGACAGUCCACAGCCAGAUCGAAGCGGUGCAUCAUGGGAAGGCUCGUUCCCUCUGACUGAUGAGAAGGAGGAGGAGGAGGAGCUGGACGAUGAGGAGGACGAUGAAGAUGAGGAGGAGAGGAGGAACAUUGACAAGGAGCACAGCCCAGCAGUGAAGAGGAGCAGGAGGGAGGAGGCUCCACAACCCCCGUCUUUCAUCCCCACCUCCUCCACUUGCACCUCCUCCAUCACCUCCCCCUGCACCUCUUCCAUCUCUCCCUCUGCCUCCUCCACCUCCUCCUCCUCUGCUCCUCCUCGGCCCAGUCCUCCUCCCGACCCCCCCGUCUGUGCCAAGAACAUUUCUCUGACAGCGAGUGGAGAGAAGGUCAUCCUGUGGACCAGAGAAGCGGAUCGAGUCAUCCUGACAACGUGUCAGCAGGAAGGAGCCAAUCAGAACACGUUCCAGUCCAUCUCUACUCUGCUCGGCAACAAGACCUCCAGUGAGGUGUCUCGGAGGUUUCGGGAUUUGAUGCGUUUGUUUCGGACGGCGGCUCGUCAAACCAGCUCUGAGGACGAAGCUCCACCCACUGAGCCAGCAGUAGCCGAUGAGGAAGAAGACUGACUGACACUGACCAAUCAGAAGAGCUGAAAAAAUGAAGUUUGUAUUUUGAGGACUUUUAUUGUGAAAGGGAUGUACAU